CAGUGCUCUGUGCCUAUACAGUGUACUGAUAAAACAGAAAAACAAGAAGCGCUGUUUAAGCCCCAGGCUAAAGAUGAUAGAAACAGAGGUACGCCGUGUAUUGAAUCUGUUGUUACACCAAGAGGACUGGGCCGAGAUGAGGAAGACACCUCUUUGGAAUCACUUUCUAAGUUCAAUGUCAAGUUUCCACCUAUGGACAGUGACUCUGCUUUCUUACAUAGUACUCCAGAGACACCGAACAUCCAUACUCCUGCCACAUCUGAGGCAGUGUGCCAGGACAGAUUUAAUAUGGAAGUCAGAGACAACCCAGGAAACUUUGGUAAAACAGAAGAAACUUUAUUUGAAAUUCGGAGAAUUGACCCCAUAACUUCAGCUAUAGAGAACCUUAAAAUAACUGACAAAACAAAACCCUCAAAUCUUAGAGCUCCGUGUUUGCCAGCUGGAGACCAUAAUGUGUUCUAUGUAAAUAAAUUCCCACUUCAGGACCCGCCUGAUGCACCUCUUCCCUCACUGGAUUCCCCAGGAAAAGCUGUCCGAGGACCA